AUGGACCGCGUGAGGAUGAUCAGUUCUCAGGUCUCCGGUUCUGGACUCCGGGGAGUGGAGAAUAGAGGUUUGGAGAUGGAAGAGACAGGAGGAAGUUUCAGCGUCUCCAAAGAAGACGAACAAAAUAAAAAUAAAGAGCAAACUCAAGACCCAGUCCAGUCGGCCGCUCGCUGGGCCUCGUACUCCUGCGGCCGCUGGAGACAGAAGAGGAACAAGCUGCUGGGAGUCACGCCCGAGGUCCGGUACAGAGGACUCGCCGGGGACGCAGACGACGAACUGGACUCGAGCAUGAACCUGAUGUGCAGUCUCAGUGGAGCCAGUCGUGUCUCUGCCUGUUUCACUCUCAGACGAAACGUGGACCUGGACCUCCUGGACGAGCUUCUCUCAGACGGAGCCGACCCAAACAGCAGCGACCGCUUUGGCCAGACUGUUCUACACGAGAUCUCUCGUGCCUGGAGCGUGGACGUGAUGCGCUUCUUCCUCGAUCGCGGGUCAAACCUGAUGACUCCAGAUCAGUUUGGGGUCACAGCGCUCCACGUGGCCGCUGCCCUGGACUACAGCCAGAUGGUCCUGUUCCUCCUCCAGAGAAACGCCGACCCAGAGUCCCGGACCCGGACUCAGGCUCAGACUCCUCUUCACUUUGCGGCGAAGAGCGACGCCGUUUUCCAGUCCAUCAGGGUCCUGGUUCUUCACGGAGCGUCUCUGGGAUCUGUGGACUACAAACUCCGCACGCCUCUGCAGCUCGCCGCCAACAUGGAGCGCAGAGCGGCGGCCCGUGUGCUGUUGGAGCUCGGCGCGGAGGCGGGGCUUACGGACCGUGACGGACAGCUCCUCGUCACCGCCCUCAUCAGCCACAUGUCGCCCGUGGCCGAGUUGGCUCUGAAUCAGUUCCACGUUCACGACACGAUGAGCAGACAGCAGUACUUCCACCUGAACCUCCUGGAGCCGGAGCCUGUGGACCCCAACAGCAAAGAGGCCGACCUGAGGGACCCGACGUCUCCUCUGGAGGUGGUGGUGCAUCGGGGCAAACUGGACCUCAUCAUGAACCCAGUGUUUCUCAAACUCAUCGAAGUCAAGUGGAACCUCUACGGACGGAUGGGGGCGUGGCUUCUGCUGAUCCUGAACUUCCUCUUUAACGUUUCCUGGACGACGGUGGCCAUUUCUGUGUCGGUGACCAGAGACUCUCCUCAGAGAUACGUGCUGCCGCAGGACUGGUGGCGCGUGCUGCUCGCCGUCGUGGCUCUGCUCUUCACGCUGGAGGAGGUGCUUCGGGAGGUGAUUGACAUCCGCCGCUCCAACAGGAAGCUCCGCCUCCAGCAGAAGUGGGAGCAGCGCCGUCGGAGGUCAACUGUUUGUUUUUAUGUUUUACUUGUGUUAAAUAGUUUGUGUUUUCAGGACCGAGUUUUCCUGGAGGAUCAGCUGAAGUCUGUGCAGAACAUGAGAGGAAACUACAGCAGAGAUCUGUGGAACCUCUCUGAUUGGCUGGUGUACUGUCUGCUGGGCGUGUCCACGGCGGUGCACGUGGCCGACGUGAUCAGACCCUCCGACUCUCUCCACGUCGCCACUCUUCGUCUGUUUUCUGUCUCCAUCAUCUUCCUCUGGCUCAGGCUCAUGAAAUAUGUCCGAGCGUUCAGGUUGAUGGGACCGUUCAUUGUGAUGCUGGGGAAAGUGGCUGCAGAUGUGAUGAGGUUCUUGUUCCUGUACGUGGAGAUCUUCAUCCCGUACGCCUGCAGCUUCUGGAUCAUCUUUGGAGGAGCAGUACCGAGUAUGCAGACGGUGGGAGACCUGCUCUUCACGCUCUACAGAAUGACUCUGGUGGACGAGUACGAUUACAGCUCCAUGCAGAAGCUGGACUCUGUCAUGGCUCCUCUGCUCUGUGGAACCUUCCUCGCCGCGUCCUCCAUCCUCUGCGUCAACCUGCUCAUCGCCAUGGUGACCGACACUUUCCAGAGGGUCCACGAUAACUCCAAAGCGAACGCCGUGAUGCAGCAGGCCGCUGUCGUCCUGCAGCUCCUCGACUCUCUGCCCAUUCUGAGACGGUUUUAUGACCACGCCCACAUCACCACCCACUGUGCCCCGCUCGCCCAGGGAGACCACGCCCCCUGCCCCGUCCUCCACAGCGAGCAGGCACACAUCACCCGGGAGGUCAAAGAAACACUGGACGAGUUUCUGUCUCUGCAGAAGGAGGCGUCAGGAGUCCAGACGCCUCAGGACCAAAACUCCAGUGUGAAUGAAGAGAUGAGCUCCAUCAGAUCUGAGCUGCAGGAACUCAAGUCUCUGGUGCAACAGCUCCUUCAAAAUAAGAGCACGGAUAAAGAUCUAAGAGCUCCUUCAAAAUAA